AGACAUGGGGUAAUCGUAAUCAGUAAUCGUAAUCAGCUGUAAUCGAUUACAUUUUGUCAUGUAAUCACAUGUAAUCAGUAAUCAUUCAUUUUCUGAUUACAAGUAAUCGGAAUGUAAUCGAUUACAUUGCAAAAAACAGGUGUAAUCAUGAUUACUUUUAGAUUACUUUUAGAUUACAUUUAUAUGAUUACUUGAUGAUUACAAAUUUUAGAGACAUAAUUUAUUUUUAAAAUAAAUCAUGCUUGCACAUUAAACUUAGGUUUACAAUGUUUUACAUUGUCCAAUUGUCAUUGAUCUUUAUUACUGUUUGAAAAAGUUUUGUAUAACUAUGGUUAAGAUUUGAGAUUGAUUUAAGAUUUAAACUAUUUAAUUAGAAAAAAGUGAAACAUGUUUAUUUUCUAUACUUCAGUGAUCACACUGGUUUAAACUAGAAUUUUCUUAGUAUUAACUCUUGCAUUGAAAUCUACUCACUAGUUAUUUUCACUCUUUUUAUUGGAUAUUUAAAUUUUCUUUGUUGAAAGAUUUUAUUUAUAUUAUAAGUCUAUAACUAAGCUUUUAUCUUUAAUUUUUGAAUUGGAUGUUAUGUUGAAAUUUAUAUAAAAUGUCUGCUUUGAAACACUUUGUGUUUCCCGAUCAUGCACCAAAUUCUGGGACUGUGAAGGCAAAGUGCAAAUAUUGUCCAACAUACAUCUCUGGCAAUGCCAAAACAACAUCAAACUUUGUGACACAUUUAAAGAGAAAGCACAGAGACAUUUUCAUUCAAAGUAAAUCUGAGGAUGGUACACAAAUAUCGCAAACAAAUAUAAGCAACUUUACAAAAUCUACAUCAGUUUCAAAAUACUCUGCCAAUGAUGCUUCUCAAAUGCAGAUUACAGAUGCUUUGGUUUCAUUUGUAGCUGGAAAUUUAACACCACUCUCAAUUGUAGAGAGUCCUGAAUUCAAGACCUUUGUCGAAUCAUUGAAUCCAAAAUAUCAACUUCCUAGCAGGAAACAUCUUUCUACCAAACUAUUACAUCAGAAAGCAAGCAAUAUUCAAUCAAAUAUAAAGGAAAAAUUAAGUAAAAUAUACAAUGUAAUCAUAAGUAAUCACAAGUAA